AUGGGUUUAUAUAUAUCUAGGGAGUUUGGAUCAAAAUAUCCUGCAGUGAAAAGCCUUGGUAUUAGAGCAACUAAUGUUGGCAAGAAAGUAAUGGUAAGAGGCUGGCUUUAUGGUGAAAAAAUUUCCAUUUCUAUUUCAGAUAUCUUUGACUUAAAAUCACAAAGUAAUACUUUACUUCAAUGUUUGGGAAAAUUAACCGAGAAGUUUUUAGUUAUUGACAAGCCUGAAUAUGAUGUAGUUUUAGGAUGGUAUAAUAUGAGGAAUAGCGUUAAGAAAAUUAUUAUUUCAUUGCAAAUAUUUUACGAGUUAAUAUGUCCAAAUUUUAAAACAUACGAUAUUGAUCAGAAUGUCUCAAUUGACCUAGACAAAUAUUGCAAUUCGAGCUAUUCUGAAACAGAGACAGAAACUGAAUCUAUUUCUUCUGAUUUAAGUUAUUUUUCUGAGUCUGAAGUGGAGGAGAUAGUUGCAUCUGAAUGCGACGAGCUCAGAUAUAAUGUAGAUCGAUUGUAG